AUGAUAGCAGCCCACCAUCUUCCUGAAGGAUUUACCUUCCACUGUGACCCAAGUCACAUAACUUUGGUACCCCUCCAGGUUGUGAGGCAGUGGAAAUACCAAAAGACACCUGCCCCCGAAUGCAAAAAGAAUCCUGGAAGGAAAAAUGUCAAGGGCAAGGGUAAAGCACAGGAAGAGGGAGUGGUGGAUGAUAGUGCAGAUGAUAGUGUGGAUGAUAGUGUGGAUGACAGUGCAGAUGACAGUUUGGAUGAUCACAGCAAGGCUGAGGCAAGCAAUGUUGGAACAGACAAUCUCUCUGCUAGAAAGGUAUCUGGUGGGAGGCAAAACUGUGCCAAGACACCAUUCCCUUCUUGUUCCCACUCAAAUCCCCCACCAGCUGAUGGUUCCCAUACCCAUGCAAAGACCCCAGUGCAUCAUCCACAAAAUAAAGUGCUCACUGACAAUAAUGGGAGGGAAAGCAACAGCCAUGAUUCUGAUGAUGAAGCUGAUGAAGACACUUAUUUGCCCACCCUAUCCAAUUCAAAGAAAUCAGCAACAUCCCUGAAUACAAACCCUGAUUUGCACUCAGGGAGUGAGUACACAACUGAACUACAGGACCACUCAGAAUACACAAAUGAAGAUGGGUUGGAGAGCAUUCCUUUCACUGACCACCCAACUGAGGAGGGGUCAAUGAGCAGAAAAAAAGGUGGAAAGCUGAAAUCCACCCUGAAGUGCACACACAAGGCAAGUUCAGUCAUGUUGAAUCAGCUGUUAUGGCUAACAAGUUUGUGCUGUGUGUUGUCCAAGUCCAACAAUAAUGGAUCUGUGACCACCAAUGCAGUAUCCACAAAUGUGAAACAGGGCAUCCCUGGGCACACCUGGAAGUCACCUUGUGUCAGAAAGGCCCCUGCAAGGCCAGAUGAAGAUGUUCCAUCUCCUGAUGCAAAGAGAUCAUGCAAGCAAACAGGAUGCAAUCAGAAGCAGAAGUAG